UGGGGGGGUGGGGCAGGAGCUGCGGAGGACAGCAGGCCGGGUAUUGGGUCCGGCGCCUUAACGCGGGGAGCAGAGGGGUGGUCGGCACGCAGGGCUUGGGCCCGGGAUUCUACCGGCGGACCCCUGACUCAGCGUGGUAAGUGCGGGGCCGAGGGGCCCAGGGUCCCGCGGGGGCGGGGGGCCCGCGUCCUGGGUGGGGCGUCGGGGCCUUUCCGUCCCCCGUGCUCGCGGCUCGCCUCCGCUCGCAGCCUCAGCAUCCCUGGCUGAGAGGCAUGCGCAGUAGGGCUCUUCUCCCCCGCUCCCAAUCCCCUCCAGCCCCUGGCGGAUGAAUUUGCAGACAACCCAGCCCCCGUCGCCGUGCAAUGGGAAGCGGAAAUGGACUGGACAGGGCCAGCGUCCGGCAGGUGUUCCUUUGAUCGAAGGAUCAGUGUUUUUUCUCGAGACACCGAGACUCACCCUGGACCGAUUUCCCGCUCCGUCCCCGGAAUCUUGAGAGUCCUGUAUGGGGAAACGGGGGCACCGCUCCUGCACCGGGUUCUCAGCGGAGCAGAUCAAAGGGGGUUGACGCGACUUAACCGCCCGCCCCUCUGUGCGUUCACAGGGCCCCCCACUUGACGUUCCCCCAACACUGGAGUCUGCGGCCAGUAUCCUCAAAGCCCCUCAGGUGCUAAGGGAAGGCCUGAUAUGGCUGAGGCACGCCAGGCCGUGGGCUUCCGGUUCUCGCUGACCUCCGACGGGGCCGAAGCGGAUCUCAGUGCCCCAGUGUUGCAGGAGAUCUACCUCUCCGGACUGCGCUCUUGGAAACGGCGGCUCUCCCGUUUCUCGAAUGACUUUGUCACCGGUGUGUACCCCGCCAGCCCCCUCAGCUGGCUCUUCCUCUACAGCACGAUACAGCUCGCCUGGUUUCUUCAGCUGGAUCCGUCCCUAGGGCUGAUGGAGAAGAUCAAAGAGUUGCUGCCAGACUGGGGCGGACAGCACCACGGGCUUCGGGUGGCCCUGGCGGCUGCAGUGUUCGCCUCCUGUCUGUGGGGGGCGCUGAUCUUCACACUCCACGUGGCCCUGAAGCUGCUUCUGUCCUACCACGGCUGGCUGCUCGAGCCCCACGGCACCAUGUCUUCCCCCACCAAGACCUGGCUGGCCCUGGUCCGUAUCUUCUCCGGGCGCUCCCCAAUGCUCUUCAGUUACCAGCGCUCCCUGCCGCGCCAGCCGGUGCCCGCCGUGCAGGACACCGUGCGCAAGUACCUGGAGUCCGUCCGGCCCGUCCUGUCCGACGAGGACUUCGACUGGACGGCGGUCCUAGCGCAAGAAUUCCUGAGGCUGCAGGCGUCGCUGCUGCAGUGGUAUCUGUGGCUCAAGUCCUGGUGGGCGGCCAAUUAUGUCAGUGACUGGUGGGAAGAAUUUGUGUACCUGCGCUCCCGGAACUCGCUGAUGGUGAACAGCAACUACUACAUGAUGGACUUCCUGUACGUCACGCCCACACCGCUGCAGGCUGCCCGAGCCGGCAACGCUGUGCACGCGCUCCUGCUGUACCGCCACCACCUGAACCGCCAGGAGAUCCCACCUGUAAGAGGGGGGGCCCGCCGUAGGCUGGGGGGGAGGCCGUUGCCCCCAGUCCCGGGAGGCAACUCACGAGCCCGCCACUUCCCACAGACUUUGCUGAUGGGGACGCGCCCCUUGUGCUCCGCUCAGUAUGAGAAGAUAUUCAACACCACCCGCAUUCCGGGGGUGCAGAAAGACCACAUCCGCCACCUCCAGGACAGCCGACACGUGGCCGUCUUCCACCGGGGCCGAUUCUUCCGAGUGGGGACCCACGGGCAAAGCAGCCUGCUUCCCCCACGGGCCCUGGAGCAGCAGUUCCAGCGCAUCCUGGAGGACCCCUCACCCGCCUGUCCCCAGGAGGAGCACCUGGCCGCCUUGACCGCUGCUCCCAGGCCCAUGUGGGCCCAGGUCCGGAAGUCCCUGCAGAGCCGGGCGGCAGAUGCCCUGGAGGCCGUCGAAGGGGCGGCCUUCUUCGUGUCGCUGGACUCUGAGCCCGGGGGGCUCACCAAGGACGACCCCGCGGCACCACUGGAUGCCUACGCCCAUGCCCUGCUGGCUGGCCGGGGCCAUGACCGCUGGUUUGACAAAUCCUUCACUUUAAUCGUGUUCUCCAACGGGAAGUUGGGCCUCAGCGUGGAGCACUCGUGGGCCGACUGCCCCGUCUCAGGACACAUGUGGGAGUUCACUCUGGCUACAGAAUGCUUUCAGUUGGGCUACUCAGCAGACGGCCAUUGCAAGGGACACCCUGACCCCACACUGCCCCAGCCCCAGCGGCUGCACUGGGACCUUCCAGACAAGAUCCAUCUGUCCAUCUCUCUAGCCCUGAGGGGAGCCACGACCUUGUCUGGAGACAUCGACUGCCACGUCUUCCCCUUCUCCCACUUUGGCAAGAGCUUCAUCAAACGCUGCCACCUCUCUCCAGACAGCUUCAUCCAGAUGGCCCUGCAGUUGGCCCACUACCGGGACAGGGGUCAAUUCUGCCUGACUUACGAGUCGGUCAUGACUCGCUUGUUCCUGGAAGGCCGGACGGAGACGGUGCGGUCUUGCACGAGGGAAGCCUGCAACUUUGUGAGAGCCAUGGAGGAUGAGAAGCAGACAGACCCGCAGUGCCUCGCCCUGCUGCGCGUGGCGGUGGACAAGCACCAGUCUCUGCUGAAGGCUGCCAUGACCGGGCAGGGCGUGGACCGCCACCUCUUCGCGCUCUACAUCGUGUCCCGCUUCCUCCGCCUGCAGGCGCCCUUCCUGGCCCAGGUUCACUCGGAGCAGUGGCAGAUGGCCACCAGCCAGAUCCCCGUUCAGCAGCCGCACCUGUUUGACGUCCACAGUUACCCCGACUACGUUGCCUCGGGCGGAGGAUUCGGGCCUGCCGAUGACCACGGCUAUGGUGUUUCUUACAUCUUCAUGGGGGACGACAUGAUCACCUUCCACAUCUCCAGCAAGAAAUCAAGCACCAAAACGGACUCCCAUCGGCUGGGGCAGCGCAUCGAGGACGCACUGUUGGACGUGGCCUCCCUGUUCCAGACGGGGCAGGGCCCCAGAUGCAGGCGCCCACGGUUAGGGGAAGACCCGGGUCACAGAUGUGGCUCCCUCUCCAGUCAGAUUGGGAGCUUCAGGGCUCCCACGCUGUCCACCAGUGUCUGAUCUCUUCCUUCAGGGAGCUGGUCUCCCUCGGGAACCAGGGUGAGGAUCUCCACCGCUGAGCUGGUGCAGGACAGGGGCAGCCUGCUGGGAAACCCUACUCGGGGACAAUAAACGUGUGAGCCGGG